AAGCUGCACUGGCGGAAAUAUACAGAAAGAAACCCCUUACAAAAAGAAACAAGGUGGAUAUCAUUGUUCUCCUUAAAAUGACAGUUCCCUGGUUAUCAUGAGGAUCCAAUGUCUUCAAUACAUCUUCAAUACAUCCAAUGACGUGGAACAAGUAUACUGACCAUAGAUGUUUACUUCAUUCUACUGACUGAGAAGGUAAUGAAGCUAGAGUCAGCCCGAUGAUUAUUCUUCGAUAUUCUAAUGAGAUUAGCUAUGACAGCCUACGUAUUUCUCUUGGUAUAGGUUUCCUGGAAAAAAAAAACAUAUUCAUAUUAUCCAAUAUUUAAGUUAAUUUUUUAUCUCUAAAGGAAGAGCUCAAUGGCCAUGGAAAACAACACACAGGUGACCGUGUUUGUAUUUUCUGGACUGACCGAUAAUGAUAAACUCAUCCCGUUUCUCUUUGCUUUUUUCUUACUGGUGUACCUCGUGACCAUAAUCGGAAACAUUGGCAUUAUUAUUCUUGUCCUUGUUGCCUCCAACCUCCACACUCCAAUGUAUUACUUCUUGAGUUGUCUCUCAGCAGUUGACCUCUUCUACUCUACAUCUGUCACUCCUAAAAUGUUGUCUGACCUUCCAACCCUCAGGAAGACCAUAUCGUUUAAUGGUUGUGCCGUCCAAUUUUUCUUUUUUGCUGGCCUAGCAGGAACUGAGGUUUUCCUACUCUCCAGUAUGUCUUAUGACCGCUACACUGCUAUCUGCCACCCUCUUCACUAUGUUUCCAUCAUGACCAAAGGCAAAUGUUUGUCUCUUGCCAGUCUUUCAUUCUUACUGGGCUUCUCUCAGUCAGUUGUGCACACCAGCUGCAUGUUCAGUCUACGGUUCUGUGGCUCAAAUCUUAUAGAACAUUUCUACUGUGACGUCACGCCCAUACUCCGAUUGUCUUGUUCCAAAACACUUCUUUGCAACAUGUUAGCUAUUCUCUCUGUUGGUUGUUUUUGUUUUUUUUCACUGUCAACAAUCCUGGUCUCUUAUGUUUUUAUCUUUACCACCAUACUACGUAUAAAAUCUUCUGAAGGACAACAGAAAGCUUUCAGCACCUGCUCUUCUCAUCUCAUGUGCACCGGCGUCUUAUUUGUUUCAGUUUUUAUUACUUAUUUGCGUUCCCCUUCCAGUGCCUUGGACAAAAAAGACAAAGUGGCCUCUGUCUUUUAUUCUGUAAUGACCCCAAUGUUGAACCCUCUUAUUUACAGCUUGAGGAACCAAGAGGUGAAAAAGGCCAUCGUGCAAGCAUGCAAGCGAAAAAGUAAAACAUAA